CAAAAUAAAUCUUGCUCUCUGGGACUAGAAUUAAUUUUGCUUGAGGGGACAAGGUACGAAAAAGAGGCGCAGUCAGCUGGAGCACCUCUGUCUGUUCCUCUGGCUUCUUCAGAACCACCCUCACUCACCUUCUCGACAAUGGCUACUUCGUCGUCCUCCUCAAAUUCGGAGAAGUACGAGAUCAUCCUGCGUGCCUACAAGGCUUUUCGGGAUCAUAUGGCUGAAAAGCCGGCCGGCAAUUGGGUCGAAGGCUUGACGUACCUCGAUUCGGACGUCAAGAUCGAGAGACUUGCAGCUUUACAUGCUGCAUCGACGCCCGACAACAGUUGGGCAGUCAUGCUUAAGCUGGCCAAGGGCCAGACAGUCACUGUCGCAGAGCUCAAUUCGCUCAGGCACCCCGUCACCUACGUUCAGCAAGGCACGUACCUGGAUCUGAUCAUCAGGGACGGUGUAGUCGUAGGUCGGUACAACGGCUGCGCAUAUGGAGCCAAGGGUCUUCAAAGGCGCAUGGGUGACUAUAGGCGCGAGUCCUACUAUAUGAAGUGGGCCGGCGUCAAGUACGGGCACUAUGGACCUCAGGGCUGGGCCUUGGACCACGACGGUGUCGCUCAUAACGAGCAUAUGUUCGUUGUUACGACCGUUUUUGCCGACGACGCCUCCCUUUGCGAAUACGAGGUCAAGCUAGCAGAGACCGUCAAUAAUGGCAUCACGAACUGCUACAGCAAGGAGCAGUUCAAUGCCAAGAUGACUAUCGCUGUUGGCAAUGGAGUCGACUUCUCUUCGGCUGGCUCCGUCGCUCGCCUCAACAACUCGUACGGUCUGGAUCAGGACUUUUUUGACCACGACCAGACUAUUCGAGGAGGCCAGAAUUCGCUUGCCGCGCGGAAAGCGAAGGGACCUGAGUUCGAACGAGAGCAUCAGGCUAUGGCAGGUCGCGCAAGCGCCUCGUCGUCAAUGCAGCGCCACGGCCUCACGAGCAUCGAGAUGCACAAUCGCGACAGGUCACCCGAGAAGAAGGCGAGCGACGCAGCAGCUUCGUCGAGCUUCAACAAAGCUAGAGCAGUGGCUUCGAACGCUCAGAAGUUCGACGACCUGUUCGGUGACGGCGUGAUGGUGCGGCUGUGCAAAACGGCAGCCGCUGGAUACCAGAUCUCUUGGGGCAACGCGCAGGAGAAGGGUAAGCAGAAGUUCGGCUUCACCUUUCACGCAGACGAGACCAACCCGCCCAGCGCCGGCGAAAUGGUCAAAGUUCGCCUCCGCAAGCGUGCAAAUGCGGUCUCGACUCUCUCGAAAGAGGGAGUCUAUCGCUAUUACGAUCUCAUCAUUGUGCACGACGGUACGACCUACUUGCACAGUCCUCUGCGCGUUCGGACCCAACCGACGCCGAAGAUCAAGGAGAUCAUCGACGCGAAGGAGGCUCUCGAUCAGUAGAGCUUCCUUUUUUUUCGCAUUUCUUAUCGACAACUAUCGGAAACCUAUUCAUUCUUAGACUACAAGUACAUUCGAAUACAAAUCACCUGCCUGUGACGUCGGCAAUGUCGCGAGGCUCGGUGAAGCGCGUGCGGGCAAUGAGGAACCAGUUGGCGAGCGCGAGAAGGACCGAGGCGACGAGGACGACGACGGCGUAGUUCAUCUCGGAGCCCAUCGUGACGGGGUACA